AUGGCUGGUUGGUAUAACUCAAAGGUCAAAGAUCCACCCUACAUAGAUCCACCCUACAUAGAUCCGUCCUACAUAGAUCCGCCCUACAUAGAUCCGCCCUACAUAGAUCCGCCCUACAUAGAUCCGCCCUACAUAGAUCCGUCCUACAUAGAUCCGUCCUACAUAGAUCCACCCUACAUAGAUCCGUCCUACAUAGAUCCACCCUACAUAGAUCCACCCUACAUAGAUCCGUCCUAUAUAGAUCCACCCUAUAUAGAUCCACCCUAUAUAGAUCCGUCCUACAUAGAUCCGCCCUACAUAGAUCCGUCCUACAUAGAUCCGCCCUACAUAGAUCCGUCCUACAUAGAUCCACCCUACAUAGAUCCACCCUACAUAGAUCCGUCCUAUAUAGAUCCACCCUAUAUAGAUCCACCCUAUAUAGAUCCGUCCUACAUAGAUCCGCCCUACAUAGAUCCGUCCUACAUAGAUCCGCCCUACAUAGAUCCGCCCUACAUAGAUCCACCCUACAUAGAUGCGUCCUACAUAGAUCCGCCCUACAUAGAUCCGCCCUACAUAGAUGCGUCCUACAUAGAUCCGUCCUAUAUAGAUCCGUCCUAUAUAGAUCCACCCUAUAUAGAUCCACCCUAUAUAGAUCCGUCCUACAUAGAUCCGCCCUACAUAGAUCCACCCUACAUAGAUCCACCCUACAUAGAUGCGUCCUACAUAGAUCCGCCCUACAUAGAUCCGUCCUAUAUAGAUCCACCCUACAUAGAUCCGCCCUACAUAGAUCCGCCCUACAUAGAUCCGCCCUACAUAGAUGCGUCCUACAUAGAUCAGUUUUUCAGGAACGUUUAA